AUGAGGAAAUAUCAACGUCAGGCGCAGUCACAACCGAAACAUGGGCCGCCCUCAGUCAGCGGCACAUCCAAAGCCCCGAUCGCGCCACCAACCCGACGACCAGAUGAGAGAGGAUCUGGCAUCACGAAAAAGUCUGUGAAACGCCUACCUCCUUCGGCAGCCCCAGCACCCGCCGCAAAAGUCCAGCAGCAGAUUAUUCCGGAGAGCCUACAACAGCUGAUUUUGGAUAUAUUUCGGGAAACAUUUCCUCAAGUGGAUGAUUUUGAAGCGCUGAAACCGGCGUUGCGGGAGAUAAAGGAUGCUCUAGACCGACGGGAUUUCCAGCGAGCCUUUGCCACCGAAGUGCACAAGCAGAGGUAUGCCAGCCGAUGGAGUCCGAGCCAGGCAUUGGCAUAUUCAAACAUUCUGGCUUGGAUUGUCAAGGAAUACGGCGAUAAUGAAUGGGUCAAACGGUUCGAAGCUGGUGGUGUCGAACAUCACCCUUCAAAUGUCCUUUGCUUUGGUCGAGGGGCGGCGGAACUUGUGGCUUUGAUUACAACGCUGAAUAACUCUCAUGUGAGCGCAUCAGGACAACCUACCCAGCAACAACCCGCAAAUGGACAAGACGUUGACGGAGCGCUUGGAAACUUGACCGUCUCUGACCAGCGGCCCAUACAAGAAAAGGCUCUGCUGAGCGUUUGCUUAGUUGACACGACGGACUGGACUGAGGUCGUCUCCAAAAUGCACCAAUCAUAUACAACGCCACGCCCUCUCUCUAAAUAUGCCAGUACUAAGGCACGGCUUUCGAACACUUCACCGCUUUCCCCCCAGGCUCUGAGCUGGAAGUUUACGCAACUCGAUAUACUUGAAUGCGGCAUUGAAGAAAUAGGCUCUGUGAUCGGUCCCGAUCCGACACUACUAACCCUCUUCUUUACCCUGAACGAGAUGUAUUUGACUUCAAUCUCCAAAGUGUCGGCUUUCCUGCGGAAGAUAACUACAGUGGCGCCUAAAGGGAGCCUUCUACUCAUCGUCGAUAAACCCGGAGCUUGUGUCGAGGCCAGACCUACGAGCAACAGUUAUGGAACAGAAGGGACACAAUGCCCUAUGCACUUGCUAAUGCAUCGAGCAUUAUUUCCCGAGGAACAUCAGAAGACCGAAAAGGCCAAAGACCGGAAAGAACCUGCUUGGGAGAAGCUGGUCGAAGAGGAUAAUUGCAUAUUCAAGCUAGACAAGGGUCUGGUGUUUCCCGGCUGCCUGGAAAAUAUCAAGUUCCAGAUGCACCUACUUCAACGUUUAUAG